GUAUAACAACCAAGCAAAGUGAUAGAAAGUGAAGUCUUACAGAGAAAGCAGGAAGUGUUAUGUAGAACUUAGAUCUUAACUAGAAUGUAUGCUGCAGCUCAGUGGUAGCUGCGGGCCGCAGCUUGAGUGAGAAUAAUAAAAUUGACUUUUUUUUACUACUGAAUAUUUACCCUCAAUUUGCCAAAGGUAUUGAAUUUCACAGAUUCAAAGCGAGUAAGGAUAAGACAUGGUUUGACAUUUUUACUUUGGUCAGGGUGGUGGACACACUGAAUUUCCACGCUUCUCGCAUCCAUAAUAGCUGUAAGCAUAAAGGCAUUCAGAGGCAUUCAUAAGCAUUCAGAGUCUUCCUUCCUGUGUGGUGUUGAGGUCUCUUUUUUAUGAUCGUAAAAUGUAUGUUCUCUCGCUAUGAAUAGGCUCGUAAAUAGGUAUUUAUUUUGUAGACCUCAUUCACAACAUCUUUUUUUGUAAUUUCCUUGUGAGCACAUCUUUUUACUGAGACUGACUUUUUUUUUCUCCCUUCAAGUUAUCUGCAACUGCAGAAGAGAGAGCUGACAGAAGUAAAUUGUACAAAUUAAUGAGUGUAAAAGAACUCCAAGGGCAAACAAAAGGACAGAUUAACUGGCUAUUAUACCUAAAGAAAAUGUUUCAAGACACCAAUUAUGAGAUAACUGAAGAUGAAAAGAUUGCUGUAUUUGCCCUGGAAUAUUUAACAAGUAUGUCAGAUUUGACAUCAGUUACAUCAAAGAGGCUUAUUGCUAACUACAUGAUGUGGCAAGCAGUUGUUCAUUUGGCCCCCUAUUUAAGCGAAGAGUAUCACAGGGCUUUCUACAACUAUCGGAAGGUUGUCACGGGAACCACGGGUGAGACAGACAUCUGGCAAAAAUGCAUUACAGAAAUGAGUCGCUAUGACAAUGAGAUCGGAGAUCCUCUGGGUGUUGUUUUUCUCGAUGAGAAGUUUAACAGAAAAGAUAAGGAAUCGGUAAUGCAAAUGAUCAAUGAUUUGCGGGAAAGCUUUAUUGCCAACCUAGAUAACCUGGACUGGAUGGACACUAGAACAAAGAAAUAUGCAAAGGAAAAGGCUGCUGCAAUCAGACAAAACAUUGGAUAUCCUGAAUAUAUGAAAGAUCCAAGCAGGCUGAGAGACCGAUUCAAGAAUCUCAGGAUAACAAAAGGAUCCUACUUCACUAAUGUGAUAAACAUUCGGGCUUUCUCUGUGAAUGCAAUGAUAAAUGAUCUUCAUAAUGCUGUAGACAAAGGAAGGUGGAUGAUUCACCCACAUACAGUUAAUGCCUUCUAUGAUAGAGUGACUAACAAAAUCAUUUUCCCAGCUGGAAUACUUCAAAUUCCAUUUUACAACAGAAAAUUUCCACGAGCAAUUAGCUAUGGUGGCAUAGGGAUUGUGGUUGCACAUGAAAUAACUCAUGGAUUUGAUAGUAAUGGUAAGUCUUCUAACUUCCUACACCUUUCAAUCACAUGCAAACUCAACUGAACCAGUGGUUGAAUUUCCUGCAACCAUUAAUCAUGUUCACGAGAACAGGCUCAAAGAUCACAUCCGUGGCUUCGAUUGGUAGAUUUUGGUCCACUUUGUCUGCUUUUUGUUUUGUAAUUAUGAUUGAAAGCAACUAAAAAAAGCUCAGCGAGCUCACAAAGGCGAAAUAUUUACUUACCUAAUAAACAUGGAUAGUGCAAAUCACACUUCUACAAUUUAAAUUUAAAUUUUUGUAUAUUAUUUAUACUUUUUAGAUUUUGUAAUUGUAAAUUCUAUGCCUGUAAUUCUUUAUUGACUUUUUUUGAUGCUUUUUAUACUGGUCACCGAUUAAUACCAGUCAAUCUAUAUCUUGGUCGACUGACCGGUCUUUACCAGGAUGAAUAAAGUUAUUAUUAUUAUUAUUAUUAUUAUUAUUUAAAGGGAAAGGUGCAGUAAACUAAAUGGUCCUCUUGUUAAUUUUGUUAUGGUAUUCAGUUGCAGCGAUUGACCUACAUGUAUGAACAGGUCAUCUAAUAUUUAUUAACUGUUUUUGAUGAUUCUGUAAAACGUUUAGUUUGUUAUGGUUUACUCCUUUUGAUGUUACACUGUAUAUUAUUGACGUAAUGCGCUAAAGGCAAGUCAUGUUUCAUCUUUUAAUUUCGCAAGGUUUGGUUGCGAUGGUUAGGCACCCAAUGUCCCCUGCUUGUCUUACAGAUUUUAUAAUAUUUGAAAGGAAGCCCGACCAGCGUUAGCUUGUUUAGCUCCAGUCCUCUUUUCAGGUGGAACUGGAAUUGCCGGUUUUUUGGAAGGGUGGAAAAAGAGAGUACCUGACGAAAGUCCCUUGAGCAAGGUGAGAAUCAACAGGAAAGACAACCCUCAUGUGGCACAUGGUCAGAAUCGGGAGUUGUUUUAAGAUGUUACGAUAUCUUGUUGAAACUGUUGUGGUGCCUGGUGAUCACAGGAUUAUUUUGACAGUUAACUUUAGGUGAGCUGAUUGUGGUGGUGGCGUGUUAGGGAUAAUGCAACCAUCUGGGUUUGCUACAAAACACGAUCUCUUGUUGGCCCAAUUGGUGCUGUGGGCUGAAGAAAGCAUGAUGGCAAUCCAUAUUGUUAACCAGCCACCACCAGCACACCUCUGUUGUGGCUUUGUCAGCUGAAAACAGUACUUUGGAAAGUAAAACGUCACAGCUGCAUACAACUUGCACAUAAGAAGAAAGGCAAAAAAUGAAACUGAUAGUGUUAAAAUUACGACCCAGAGGCCGUCAACCUGACUAGUACCCAGAAGAACAAACUGGUUUGUGUUGAAGAUUAUUUUUGAUAGAUAUUCUGAUCACAUCUUACCUUGAAA